AUGUUACGUACGCUCACCAGAUCUACAUCAAAACAUACCAGAACACUUCUUAGGCCUGCAUCUCAGUUCACUCGUUUCCACUCGUCUGGAAGCUCGCCAGUGACUGAGGUCAGAGACUUGAAGCAAUUCGCAUCGAUUGUUGCCAACAAGGAGAAAGCUACUGUGGUGGAUUUCUAUGCUACUUGGUGUGGUCCAUGCAAGGCAAUUGCUCCUGUUUUUGAUGCUUUGGCCGAGAGAGUUCCGGAGGCUCAGUUUGCCAGGGUGGAUGUUGAUGGAGCAGAGGACGUUGCACGUGAGUACGGAAUCACUGCCAUGCCCACCAUCAUGUUUUUCCAAGAUGGAGAGAAAGUCGACACUGUUGUCGGUGCCAACUUGCCCAAGAUGGUGAAGUUGAUUGAGCAAUAUUCUGGAGUUGAUGUCAAGCUGAGAUGA